AUGCAGACCACUAGUAAUCACAAUAAUAACAACGGCAUCGAAGAUAAAAUGGUGUGCUACCUAAAUUAUAACCACAAUAUCAUCGACGAUUAUGACUCGUCUCGUCUACCCGUAGGAUUACAGUAUCUUAGUGAUUCUUUAAGUCAAGUUAAAAAUGAGAAGAGCCAUGGCAGCAAGGAUUUAUCCAUUAGUUUAUUAGAAAUUGCAUGCGGUAGUGGUAAUUAUUUAGCCAGAUUAGCUACUCAAGUGGACAAAGCUUAUGGUAUCGAUAUGAAUCAAGCCAUGCUAGCGCAAUGCCGAACCAAACUAGAUCAACAUCAAGUACAAGCUGAAUUAAUCCAAGCACAAGUACCAGCAAUACCUUUCGAUGAUCAUCAAUUUGAUUUCAUUUGCAACUGUCAAAUGUUACAUCAUUUAUCGGGUGGAUUACCAACAUUAAAGGACUUUUUUCGUGAAAUUAAUCGUGUCUUAAAGAAUAAUGGCAUGGUAAUUGUUAAUUUUACAACGAAAGAACAAAUUGAUAGUUAUUGGUAUAUGGAUUUAAUACCACGUGCAAAGCAAUUAUGCAUCGAUCGCUGUUAUACUUUGGAUGAUGUCAGUUCAAUAUUAACCCAAGUUGGUCUUGUUGUUGAAGAUAUUUAUACCAUCUACGAUACCUUACAACAAAAAGAAAUCUAUCUUGAUCCAACUGGGCCAUUAUCAUCAUCUUAUCGUCAUGGCGAUUCAACAUGGAGUAAAGCAAGUGAACAAGAAUUACAAUAUGCUGAAUUUAAAUUGAAACAAAUGUUGAAAUUAAAAACUGCAGAAAAAUAUGUCGAAACAAGAGAUGAAAUACGCCAAAAAUUGGGCCAAUCUGUUAUGAUUCGUGCACGUGCUAAACAUCAGUAG